UCUUAUUUUGAGACGAAGAUAAUAAAAGGUAUCUUGACCUGUGCCUCACGGUAUCAAAUCAUUUCUGAUCGUUGAAUCUAAUAGCGCACGUCCUAGUCAGCGAAUCUAUAUCAUUUAAUAUGUUACAGUGCUAUAUGCCUAUAUUUGGACACCAUUCCAUUUCGUAGUUCCCAGUUCCCACACCGCCAUUCGCUUUGCUGCUCGGUGCAUGCAGCAGGAACGAAGAAAUGGGCAUCGUCAUCGGCAUCGGCUCCGGCGAGGCCUCGCCGUGGAGCGUGCUCGGCGGCGCGGCGGCCGCGCUGCUGCUGGUCUGGGCCGUCCAGAUGCUGGAAUGGGCCUGGCUAGCCCCGCGGCGGAUGGACCGGGUCCUUAGGGCCCAGGGCCUGAAGGGCACCGAGUACCGGUUCCUCCAUGGCGACCUCAAGGAGGACCUGCGGCUCGUCAGGGCGGCCCUCUCCAGGCCCGUGCCCGCGGACCGGCCGCACGACAUUUUCCAGCGCGUCGCUCCUCUGCUUCACCGUUCCUUGGAGGAGCACGGUAAAAUGUCGUUUACGUGGUUCGGGCCAAUACCAAGAGUUACCGUCACAGACCCUGAGCUGGUUCGUGAAGUUCUGACAAAUAAAUUUGGCCACUUUGAGAAGUCACGGCAAGUCACUCGGCUAUCCAGGUUACUUGUCGGUGGGCUUGUGAUCCUUCAUGGCGAGAAAUGGGUCAAGCAUAGGAGGAUUUUAAAUCCAGCUUUUCAUGCAGAAAAGUUAAAGCGGAUGUUGCCAGCAUUCUCCGCAUCUUGCAGCGAACUAAUUGGCAGAUGGGAGAUUGCGGUUGCUGCUUCUGUUGAAAAACCUGACCUGGACGUUUGGCCAGAAUUUCAGAAUUUAUCAGGGGAUGUUAUUUCAAGAGCAGCAUUUGGAGUCACACAUCAGGAAGGCAGAAGAAUUUUCCAGCUCCAAGCCGAGCAAGCUGAACGCCUUGUUCAAUCUUUCCGGACUAAUUACAUCCCAGGCUUUUCUAUUUUACCAACAGAAAAUAACAGAAGGAUGAAGGCAAUAGACAGAGAGGUCAAGACCAUCCUAAGAGGCAUGAUAGAAAAGAGGCAGAAGGCUAUGAAGAACGGCGAAGCCAGCAAAGACGAUCUGCUCGGCUUGCUCCUAGAAUCCAACAUGGACUACAACGACAAGGACGGCAAACCCAACGGAGGGAUGACGGUCGACGAAAUCAUCGAAGAAUGCAAGCUGUUCUACUUCGCCGGGAUGGAGACAACCGCCGUACUGCUCAGCUGGACAGUGGUUGUCCUGAGCAUGCACCCGGAGUGGCAGGAUCGCGCCAGGGAGGAGGUUCUGCAAGUCUUUGGGCCAAACAAACCUGAUUUCAAUGGCGUAAGCCGCCUCAAAGUGGUGACAAUGGUGCUAAACGAGGUGCUGCGGUUGUACCCGCCGGUGCCGGUGACGAACCGCCGCACGUACAAGGAGAUCGAGCUCGGCGGCGUCAGGUACCCGGCGGGCGUGAUGCUGGCGCUCCCCGUGCUGCUCGUGCACCGGGAAACCGCCGUCUGGGGCCGCGACGCCGGCGAGUUCAACCCGGGGAGGUUCGCCGAGGGCGUGGCCAAUGCGUGCAGGGACCCCGGCGGCGCCUUCUUCCCCUUCAGCUGGGGCCCGCGCGUCUGCAUCGGCCAGAACUUCGCGCUGCUGGAGGCCAAGGUGGCCGUCAGCAUGGUCCUGCAGCGCUUCGCGUUCGAGCUCUCGCCGGCGUACGUGCACGCGCCCUACACCGUGCUGACGCUGCACCCGCAACACGGCGUUCCUGUCAGGCUGCGCCGACUCCGAUCGUCGUGUUGAAAAAGGGUAUCACCAGUAUAUACUGAUAUACAGGUCUAGGCAUUGGGCGCUCUGAAUCGCUCUCUCUGAUGUCAAAGCAGAACACGAUUUGCUUAUGGUCGUUACUCGUUAGCCGCUGAAAGUUCUUUGCGUAGUAUUGUGUAUCACUUGAAUCCUAAAUGGUUGAAACUACCGGAAAAUGCUUUGCCAGGUAAGGGGGUGAUUACUUGGCUUUUUAACCAGGCAAACGAUAUAUUUACAAAUAAAAAACAAUUUAUGGUAAAAGAGAUUUGUUUCAGUCCAACGAAAAAUAUCU